CACGCGAGUACGUCAUGUACUAGAAGCGCACACACAGCCAUCAUCUGAUUGAUAACACAUGAACUUGCACGAGCACAGUGAUAACAAACCGAUCUUAGCGUCUAGUAUUAACAGUACGCAUUCUUACUGUUAACAGAGUUGUCCUUGCGUGCACUUUAUUUCCUGUCCAUUAUCAACAUGUACGAACAGACGAGUGCACCAUUGCAUUUGCCAAUUAAUCCAAAUGGCCUUGGCGUGGAAAUCUAUGAAAGUUUGAAGCGGCACCAGACUGGAAACACCGAAAAAAUUGCAUUGAUUGAUCCUAAAACAAAACAAUCGGUAACUUACACUCAACUCCUGCAAUCGACAACGCGACUCGCUCAAGUUCUUGAAAGGGAAAACCUAACUGAUGAUGAUUAUAUUGCGGUGUUCAGCGAAAACCACAUUAAUUUCUUCACGCCUGUGAUUGCUGCCUUGUACAUCGGUAUCCCUCUGUCUCCCCUAAAUUUUAAUUAUCAAGGUGAUGAAUUGGUGCAUGUGUUGAAGAUCUCCAAACCGAAGAUUUUGUUCUGUUCUUCAACGGUCUUGGGCAAAGUAAUGCAGAUUCGUGAGAAAUGUCCAUGGUUCCAGAGAAUUAUCUUGAUUGAUGUAGAAAGUUGUCCUAUUUCGGGCGUGAUCACAUUGAAUGAGUAUUUAAAAAGUAAUUAUUGUCCGAUUGGAUGGACCCCGAGACCUGUGCAAUGUGCAACUCACACUUUGGGUAUCCUGUGUUCAUCCGGUACUACUGGAAUGCCCAAAGGUGUGGAAUUGACUCAUCAGAAUCUUCUUGUGAGGAUUAUUCAAAUAUUAGAUCCCAGAUAUAACGAUAUUGUACCGAAUACUAAACUAGCUUUACUUCCAUUUUUUCAUGGAUAUGGAUUUGUGGCAACUAUGGGAUACAUAAUUGGGGGUGAUAUGGUUGUCGUAUUGAAGCGAUUUGAAGAGCAGCCAUUUUUGCAAUAUAUUCAGGAUUAUAAAAUCAGAACUCUAUUUGUCGUGCCACCCAUUAUUGUUACACUAGCCAAGAGUCCCCACAUUGAGAAGUACGACUUCUCAGCGCUGAAAAACAUCUACAGCGGGGCAGCACCUUUGGAUAAGAAAAUCGAAUUAGUCGCUAAAAGAAGACUCAAAAUAGACAACAUUGUGCAAGGAUAUGGAUUGACCGAAGCGACGCAAGCGACCCUAUCACCGCCAAUGCCUUUGCGACAGGACAAAUCCGGCUCGGCUGGUGUUGUCUUGCCCGGUAUGAUAGGAGCUGUUAUGGAUUAUGAGAGUGGGCAGCUGUUGGGACCGAAUCAGGUGGGCGAAAUUUGCUUCAAGGGUCUGACGGUGAUGAAGGGAUAUUUGCACAAUCCGCAAGCAACGGCAGAGAGUUUCAAAAACGGGUGGCUCGUUACCGGUGAUAUUGGAUACUACGAUGAAGAUCAUUAUUUUUAUAUUAUUGAUCGAAGGAAGGAACUAAUCAAGUAUAAAUCGUUUCAAGUAGCACCUGCUGAAUUAGAGGCUAUUUUGUUGUCGCAUCCGAAGGUGCGAGACGCAGCUGUUAUUGGCGUACCGGACGAGUUGGCAGGCGAGUUGCCAAUGGCGUUCAUUGUUAAACAAGCCGCCGAUCUACUCACUGCAGACGAAGUUAUGAAAUUUAUUGAAGACCGCGUAUAACGCGAAAAACUACGAGGCGGUGUGAAAUUUAUUGAUGAAAUACCGAAGAAUCCAAGUGGCAAGAUUCUAAGGCGACAUUUACGCGAUUUAGCUAAGAAACUAAACCUGCAAUCGAAAUAUUAAAUUUAACAUGGAAUAUGCGCUAUAAUGUAAUUUUAAAUUGUUUGUUUAUAAAUGGAUAUUGAUUAAAAAGUUGUUUGCUGAAAUAUCUUUCGCAGCACAUAAUUUGAAAGGAUGGUGACUUUUAUUUUAUUGAUCAAACGUGUAAAUAGGAAACACGACAAAUGAAAUGCGUAAAUGAUACUGUUGUCAACCGAGCGCGGUAUAAUAUCUAUUUGCAGUGGUUCGCGCCACACUUAUUGCGGUUCCGAUAGAAGCCGAGAAGACUGAAAUCGUUAAAAAUGUCACCGCCGGGAUUCAAAGAAACAGCUGGUCGAAAUUUUGUUUCUUAUAUUUCGAUACUAUCAUAUACUGGAAAUACAUAUAAUGUGCAUUCGCGUUUAGAGAUUAUAUUUGACAAUACAUUUAUUUUUACAAAACUACCAUAUAUGAAGCAAAUAUGUUACUAUUUCUUUUAUAUUUAGUUAAUUAUUAGUUUACUAAAUUGGUUCCUAUAAAUAUAUUGUCUUAAAGAGAAA